CCACUGGUCCAAGCAAUUUUCAGUGGUGAUCCAGAAGAGAUACGGAUGUUGAUCUACAAAACUGAGGAUGUCAACGCCUUGGAUGCUGAGAAACGAACUCCUCUUCAUGUUGCAUCAUUCCUGGGGGAUGCGGACAUCAUCGAGCUUCUCAUUUUGUCAGGCGCUCGUGUUAAUGCCAAGGACAAUAUGUGGCUGACUCCUCUCCAUCGAGCAGUUGCUUCAAGAAGUGAAGAGGCAGUGCAAGUAUUGAUUAAGCACUCAGCUGAUGUCAAUGCUCGGGACAAGAACUGGCAGACACCGUUGCACGUGGCGGCUGCAAACAAGGCGGUGAAGUGUGCGGAGGUCAUCAUCCCCAUGCUGAGCAGCGUCAACGUCUCUGACCGAGGCGGGCGGACGGCACUGCACCAUGCGGCUCUGAAUGGCCACAUCGAGAUGGUGAACUUGCUCUUAGCCAAGGGGGCAAACAUCAAUGCUUUUGACAAAAAAGACAGAAGAGCUCUUCACUGGGCAGCGUACAUGGGUCACCUGGAAGUUGUUGCCUUACUGAUUAAUCAUGGUGCAGAAGUGACUUGUAAAGACAAGAAGGGUUACACCCCACUUCAUGCAGCUGCAUCCAAUGGGCAGAUUAACAUUGUGAAACACCUCCUUAACCUGGGGGUAGAGAUUGAUGAAAUGAACAUCUAUGGAAAUACUGCACUUCACAUUGCCUGUUACAAUGGUCAGGAUUCUGUUGUUAAUGAGCUGAUUGACUACGGUGCUAAUGUAAAUCAGCCUAAUAAUAAUGGAUUCACUCCCUUGCAUUUCGCUGCUGCCUCCACUCACGGCGCACUGUGUCUUGAACUACUAGUGAAUAAUGGAGCAGAUGUUAACCUACAGAGUAAGGAUGGGAAGAGCCCGUUGCACAUGACGGCUGUCCAUGGGAGGUUCACGCGGUCACAGACCCUCAUUCAGAAUGGAGGGGAAAUCGACUGUGUUGAUAAGGAUGGUAACACCCCUCUACACGUGGCUGCAAGAUACGGACAUGAGCUUUUGAUUAACACCCUCAUAACGAGUGGAGCUGAUACUGCCAAGUGUGGGAUCCACAACAUGUUCCCUUUACACUUAGCGGCGCUGAAUGCUCACUCAGACUGCUGCAGGAAGUUGUUGUCAUCGGGACAAAAGUAUAGCAUAGUGUCCUUGUUUAGUAAUGAGCACGUGCUGUCUGCAGGCUUUGAAAUAGACACCCCUGAUAGUUUUGGAAGAACAUGCCUCCACGCUGCCGCUGCAGGAGGUAAUGUUGAAUGUAUAAAACUCUUGCAAAGCAGUGGAGCUGAUUUCAAUAAGAAGGACAAAUGUGGGAGGACACCUUUGCACUAUGCAGCUGCAAAUUGUCAUUUCCACUGUAUUGAGACACUGGUGACAACAGGAGCCAAUAUUAAUGAAACAGAUGACUGGGGACGCACCCCUUUGCACUAUGCUGCUGCUUCUGACAUAGACCGAAAAAAGAAUAUUGUAGGUAACUCCCAUGAAAAUGCUGAAGAACUUGAAAGAGCCACUGAGAUGAAGGAAAAAGAAGCUGCAUUGUGUCUGGAAUUCCUUCUGCAGAAUGAUGCCAAUCCAUCCAUCCAAGACAAAGAGGGGUACAACACUGUGCAUUACGCUGCUGCAUAUGGGCACCGGCAGUGUUUGGAACUGCUUCUGGAAAAAACCAACAUGUUUGAGGAAUCUGAUUCUGCAGCUACAAAAAGUCCUUUGCAUUUAGCUGCCUAUAAUGGUCAUCAUCAAGCGCUGGAGGUACUUCUCCAAUCUCUAGUAGAUCUGGAUAUUAAGGACGAGAAGGGACGCACCGCUUUGGACCUGGCUGCAUUUAAAGGACAUGCAGAGUGUGUGGAAGCUCUUAUCAGCCAGGGUGCUUCUGUCACUGUAAAAGACAGUGUCACCAAAAGGACCCCCCUCCAUGCCUCAGUCAUUAACGGCCAUAUACCUUGUUUACGGUUGUUGCUUGAAGUUGCAGACAACCCUGACGUGACAGAUGCCAAAGGACAAACCCCACUGAUGCUUGCAGUGGCAUAUGGGCACAUUGAUGCUGUUUCUUUAUUACUUGAAAAAGAAGCAUCUGUAGAUGCAGCUGAUCUCCUGGGAUGCACAGCUUUACAUCGAGGGAUUAUGACUGGGCACGAAGAGUGUGUUCAGAUGCUGUUAGAGAAAGAAGUAUCUAUUUUAUGUAAAGACGCCAGAGGCAGAACACCUCUGCACUUUGCAGCAGCUCUGGGUCACGCCACUUGGCUGAGUGAAUUACUGCAGAUAGCACUUUCAGAGGAGGACUGCAGUUUGAAAGAUAAUCAAGGUUAUACACCGCUGCACUGGGCUUGUUACAACGGUCAUGAAAACUGCAUAGAGGUACUAUUGGAACAAAAAUUUUUCCACAAAUUCUAUGGUAAUAGCUUCUCUCCAUUGCACUGUGCCGUAAUCAAUGAUCAUGAAAACUGUGCAUCACUGCUUAUUGGAGCCAUCGAUGCCAGCAUUGUCAAUUGUGAGGAUGACAAAGGAAGGACGCCCCUUCACGCAGCAGCCUUUGCAAAUCACGUGGAGUGCCUCCAGCUCCUCCUGAGUCACAGCGCACAAGUGAAUGCUGCGGAUCACGCAGGGAAAACACCGCUCAUGAUGGCAGCUCAGAACGGCCACACGGGUGCUGUAGACUUUCUGGUGAACAUUGCCAAGGCUGACUUGACAUUAAAAGAUAAGGAGUUGAAUACGCCUUUGCACUUGGCUAGCAGUAAAGGUCAUGAAAAAUGUGCCUUGUUAAUACUUGACAAGAUACAAGAACAGAGCCUUAUUAAUGCAAAAAAUAAUGCAUUGCAGACACCUCUCCAUAUUGCUGCAAGAAACGGCUUAAAGAUGGUGGUGGAAAAGUUGCUAGCCAAAGGGGCAUGUGUCCUAGCAGUAGAUGAAAAUGUUUCUAGGUCAAAUGGACCACGACCCUCACCUGCAACAGAUGUACAAAAGGAAGAAUAAGACUUUGUAAACAAAACCAAACUAAACAAAAAGCUAUCAUGAACUAAUCAGCUGUACCAAGAGGACCAAAAUGCUUCAGUAAUUAAAUGGAAGACUUUCCUACUUUUAUUUUUUCUUCAAAUGUGAGUGACAUAAUGAACUAGUUUUUUCUAAACCAUAAAAAUAUAAACUUUUGAGGUAAUGAGUAGUCUUGAGUGAAUUUUACAUUUUAUGGCGCAGGUUUCAAGCUGACAUUUGUAACUGAUGAUGUGUUGACCACAGUUCCAGUUGGGUUUUUUCCCAGACUAAAGAAUAUGUUCAUCUACUUUUAAUGUAAAUGUGUUUAUAUUUAUUUGCAAUGAAACAAAUGCCCAGGAAAAAUACCUAUGGCUUGUUCUCCUA